AUGGCAGCAAACGACGACACCGUCAGGCGGGAUUCCGGCGCACUCGGUCGCUAUCAGACUCAGUCACCGCACGAUCCCGCGAUGGCCUUUCCUCUUCAAGCGCAGCUGCCGACUCCCAAGAUGAGCCCGCAGACGCGCCAGCAAAUGAGUCCGCAGAUGAUGGCCGAGUACAUGCGCCGUCAGGCCAUAUCAACUCAAUCACAGCCGCGCCCGACCACUAUGCAAGCGCAGCCUCCCACUCGCGAGGAAGCUCAGGCACGUCAGAACCGCCAGUUUGCCCUGUUUGGAAUGGCCUAUUUCCAGAGGUUGGACCCGCAGGCAAAGCAACAGUUUCAACAGUUGCCUUCCCAGAAGCAAAACGAGAUCGUUAGGAACGCAAUCGAGCAACGUAAACAGCAAGAGAUUCACAAGGCGCGCGGGCAGCAGAUGGCGGCGCAGCAGGCAAAGCAACAGGAAGCGCAACAACUGGCAGCGCAGCAACUGGCAGCGCAGCAACUGGCAGCGCAGCAACUGGCAGCGCAGCAACUGGCAGCGCAACAGCUGGCAGCGCGACAGGCACACUUCAACAGAUUUACACAGCAAUACAUCAGCUCGUUCAGUCCUGAGAAGUUGCAACGAUUCAGACAGGGUUCCGGAACACAGCAAAAGCAGCAUCUUUGCGAUGUCUACAAGCAGAUGCAAAACGCGCAGAAGCUACAACAGCAGAAACUGCAACAAAUGCAGCAGCAUCAACCAGCCGGGCAGCUACAGCAGGUGUUGCAGCCGCAACAGCUCGCGCAACAACCUCAACGUAUUCUGCAAACUCCAAAAGUACAGCAACAUCGACAGCUGCAGUCGCCACGUAUUCCGCAAGCUCCACAAGCUCAGCCACAUCGACAGCCGCAGGCGCAACGUAUUCUGCAAGCUCCUCAAGCUCAGCAACAUCGACAGCCGCAGGCGCAACGUAUUCUGCAAACUCCACAAGCUCAGCAACAUCAGGAGCCACAGCCACAACGUAUUCAGCAAACACAACCGGCGCCUCAGCUGAAAAGGCCUCGUUCUGACGACGAUGAGGCCAGCCCAGCCACCAAGGUAGCCAAGUUCGCGCAGCCAACUACAGAGGAUGCAGACGAUCAGAGACUCACGUCUGAGCUCACAAGCUGGCUCGCAUCCGAGAAGGCUGAGGAAGAAGCUCAGAUGAGUGAAGAGUCUGCGGAGUUGCGCUGGCAGAUGAAGCACGCUGGCCCUUACGCCGGCUAUGAACCUGCGAAAUCAAACAUCCCCGACAACUCCUUCUAA